AGGUGACAGAUCCAACACCAAUGAAAAGCUCACAGGCAAGUUCAAUUAGAAAUUCCCUAGUCCUGUUAAACGCCCAUAUGCUAUAAAUUUAAUAUAGCACCACCAUUACCGCAACAUAAAAGUCAAAAGUGUUUCACAACCUUGGUCUUAGGAUGACAACAGUAACCGAAUAUGCCGAGGAUUUCACUUACCUCGACGACUCUCUCAUAUCCCUUUCUAACCGCUACUUCGUCACACCAAGCAUAUGCUCUUUAAUAUUCUGAAAGUCUUUUCGCUAACAACACCUUCCCAUUUUUAUUUCUCUUAAUUUCUACCACAGCAAAAGCUUUGGGCUGGCUCUUUCUUUUCUUUGCUUUUUUGGUUAGCUAUAGUCUGAAAAUUGGCUAGAGCUUGCAAUGAAGUUUGGCAAGAGACUGAAGCAACAAAUACAAGAAACGUUGCCGGAUUGGCGUGACAAGUACUUGUCGUACAAGGAAUUGAAGAAGCUUGUUCGGUUACUUUCUUCAGCUCCCCUGUUGUCGGGUGGAUCAAUUGAGUAUGCAAAGGCAGAAGCUGAGUUUGUGCAUAUGUUGAACAAUGAGAUCGACAAGUUCAACUCCUUUUUCAUGGAACAAGAAGAAGAUUUCAUUAUACGACAUAAGGAAUUACAGCAAAGGAUUCAGAGUGUGAUUGAUUCCUGGGGGCCAAAUGGAAGUCACCCUUCAGAAGCAGAGUAUAAAAAGGAGAUCAGUAAAAUUAGAAAAGACAUCAUCGAUUUCCACGGAGAAAUGGUGCUCUUGGAGAACUAUAGCAAUAUAAAUUACACGGGAUUGGGCAAGAUACUGAAGAAGUAUGACAAGAGAACAGGAGGAUUAUUGCGGUUGCCAUUCAUUCAGAAGGUGCUGCAGCAACCUUUUUUCACAACGGAUCUUAUUUCAAAGCUUGUCAAGGAAUGCGAAAACACCAUAGAUGCUGUGUUUCCUAUAGAUGAAGAAGAGAGGGCGAGAGAAGGAAGAGAAGCGAUAACAAUUGGAAUAGGAGGAGAGGGAAUUUUUAGGAACACUGUUGCAGCUCUAUUGACCAUGCAAGAAAUUAGAAGAGGCAGCUCUACUUAUAGUCACUUCUCUUUGCCUCCUCUCAACUUGCCAGACUCUGAUCUUAUUCCAUCAUUACAAUUCAGCUCCCCCAUACCUAUUAUCUAAAGAAUACAUGUUGUGUUUUUUCAUACUUGUUAAACCAAGAUGUGUGUAUGGGAAAAUAAAGGCAGACCUUCGUAUUUAGAAAUUUAGAUUUCGUAUAAUAAUGAUUAAAUUAAUUAUUUACAUCAAAAUUUUUAUAUGGGUUGGAGUUUUCUAUGGAUUUAUCCAUUUACAUUUGCACAGAGGAGCUGCACGUUUUAAAAAUCAACCAAUAAGGUUUUAGCUAAACAGCACGGAAAUUAUUUAUAGAGCUGUGAUAUAUGAGUUGAGCCAAAUUAAAGAAAUAAUUAACAAAAAAAGAAAGAAGAAA